AUGUCAGAGUUUGAAACAUCUCACGAUUCGAAUAAAGUUUCCAUACGGGUAAGGUUCAAAUUUUUCGUCGUUAUUGGAAUUAUUAUUGGCGAAGUCUCUUGA